AUGGCCACCAAUCCUAGUUCAUUGGAUGUGCUCGACUCGCACAUUUCUAGCGGAGAAGCUGAGGAAUACAUCAGCAAAUUGAAGCAGUUCGAAGCUACUUUAGCUACCUACUGGAAAUUCGAGGUUGUGCCAGCGAUAUUCCAGCAAUCAUUGGCGGAAACGGACGAGCUGAAGUUCAACUACUUGGACAACCAUUUCGGGAUCUUGCAGUCGUGGGAUUCUAUCGUAGAGAAACUCAACAAAUUGAAUGCUUCCGGUGGCCCAGAUGAAUCGUACAAGCUUGUGUUUUUAGCCAGACACGGCCAGGGUUUCCACAAUUUGGCCCACUCUAAGUACGGGAAUAAAGCUUGGAAUGAACACUGGUCAAAGCUCAAUGGCGAUGGCGAAAUCGUCUGGGGUCCAGAUCCUAACUUGACGGAAUUGGGAAUCUCCCAGGCCAAGGAAAACGCUGCUGUGUGGAAACAAGAGUUGGUCAACAAUUUGAUUUUACCCACUAAAUGGUUUGUGUCUCCGUUGAGCAGAUCCAUUGACACUUUAAUCAAUACCUGGAAGGAUAUCGUAGAUUUGCAAAAGGUCAAUCCACUUAUCCAGGAAAAGUUGAGAGAAACGACUGGUAUCCAUACCUGUGACAAAAGGUCACCUAGAAGAGUAAUUGCUGAAAAAUACGAGAGUAAAGGACUUAUAAUCGAGCCUGGCUUCGAAGAAGAAGACACCUACUACAAGGAUGAUUAUCGUGAAACUGUAGCUGAACAUUCACUCAGAAUCAACAAGAACCUCCAGCAGAUCUUCAGUGAAUAUCCACAGGAUUCGAUUCUCAGUUUCACCAGUCAUUCCGGUUCUAUCAGAGCACAGCUUCUUGCAUUGGGACAUCGUUCUUUUGCAGUGGGAACGGGAGGCAUGAUUCCCGUGUUCGUCAAGGCUACUAGACACCACAACAAGCUUUAG